AUGCCAAAGAAAAUCAUCUCGAUCCUCGGCGCCACCGGCAUUCAGGGUGGCUCCGUAGUCGACGCCCUCCUCGACAAUAAAGCGUACCAGAUCCGCGCCAUAACCCGGAACCGUGCCAGCGAGGCCGCGCAGAAGCUCGUCAAGCGCGGCGUGGAGGUCGUCCAGGCCGACGCAGGGGACGUCUCGUCGCUGAUCACCGCGUUCGCAGGCUCCGCCGCGAUCUUCGCCAUGACCAAUUUCGCCGAGGGAUAUUUCGCCACGGGCAGCGUGGACCGCGCGAUCCAACUCGAGGCCGAACAGGGGAUUAACCUGGCCAAAGCGGCGGCGGCGACUAGCUCCCUCGAGCACUACAUCUGGUCGACGCUGCCGAACAGCGGGGCCGUAACCGGGGGCAAGAUCACCGUCCCGCAGUUCGAGGGCAAGAAUCAGGUCGAUGGGUUCAUUCGCGCCGACCCGGCCUUGCUUGCCAAGACGACGUUCUUCAUCCUCGGCUUCUACCAGGAGAACUUCGCGUAUCCGAUGCUUGCGCCCGUCGAGGUCCCGGGCGCAGGGCAGUCUGUCCAGCUGCUGUGUACGCCGGGGAAUACGCGGAUUCUCUCACUGGGGCGCGCGCGCAAGAACAUCGGGCUGUUUGCGGCGGCGAUUCUGGCGCAGCCGGAGAAGACACUCCCGGCGCGAUGUGUGUCUGGGUUCGUGGAGGAGAUCCGGAUGGAGGAGAUGUUGAGGCGCUGGGUAGAGGUGCACGGGAAGAAGGCGCACUACGUGAAUGUCGAUAGAAAGGUCUUCACGGAGUUGUGGACUCAUGCGGGCAUCGAUAUGCUGGCCUCGAUGCUGGACUUUCACCGGUCAAUGGACGUGAACCCAUUCAGUGGGGGUGGGGAGGUCUUGAAUAAGGAUGAUUUGGGUGUGGUUGGGCUGGAAGGGGUCAAGGAGUCGUUUGAAAAUUUGAGGGUUGAAUCGGCUUAA